AUGCUGGCGCUGCUUGUUACCCAUCCCUUCGAAUUCCGCACUCUCCUUCAGUACAAACUAUGGCACGAAGGGACGCGUGACAUUACUGCACCCAAUCAGCUCAAGCACUCAGGAUGGGACCGCCAGAGUAUGAGGAGGUGUUGGGAGUUCCUCGACGAUACCAGCAGGAGCUUCGCUGGCGUUAUUAAGGAGCUGGACGGGGAUUUGGCCAGGGUGAUAUGUCUGUUUUAUCUUGUUUUACGCGCCCUCGAUACUAUUGAGGACGACAUGACUUUACUGGAUGAAACGAAGCAGCCAUUACUCCGUACCUUUCACGUCGUCGCUAUGAAACCUGGGUGGACAUUCACACAGAAUGGCCCAGGGGAGAAGGACAGGCAGGUGCUGGUUGAGUUCAAUGUCGUCAGUGAUGAGCUUAAUCUCGUCGAGGAGAGAUAUCGGAAUGUCAUUGUUGAUACCACAAAAAAGAUGGGCAUUGGCAUGGCCGACUACGCUCAUAGAGCGGUUCUAACGCAACCGAUCUACUUGGAGACCAUUGCUGACUACGACCUUUACUGCCAUUUCGUCGCCGGUAUUGUCGGUGAAGGACUGACGCGUUUGUGGUCUGCGUCCGGCAAGGAGGUUGCAUGGCUGGGCGAGCAGCUUGAACUGGCGAAUUCCAUGGGUCUAAUGCUGCAAAAGACAAACAUUAUCCGUGACUACCGCGAGGACGUCGAGGAGCGGCGGUAUUUCUGGCCACGCGAAAUUUGGGGCCGAGAGAUCUAUGGUACUGCCUGCGGACGGCCCGCGUUCAAGGAUAUGGAAGACAUGUACAAGCCUGGCAACGAGCAACAGGCGCUGUGGGCUCUCAGUGGAAUGGUUGUAGACGUACUAGGGCAUGCAGUCGACUCGCUCGACUACCUACGCUUGCUGAAGACGCAGACUGUUUUUAACUUCUGCGCAAUUCCGCAAACCAUGGCUAUCGCUACGCUUGGUCUCUGUUUCAUGAACUAUGACAUGUUCCAGAGAAAUAUCAAAAUCCGCAGAGCUGAAGCCGCAUCUUUGAUCAUGCGGUCGUCCAAUCCCCGCGAUGUGGCAUACAUAUUCCGGGAUUAUGCACGCAGAAUUCACCAGAAGGCUAUCCCAGAAGACCCCAGCUUCCUCCAAUUGUCUAUCGCCUGUGGCAAGAUUGAGCAGUGGUGCGAGCAUUACUAUCCUUCCUUCGUCCAAAUGAGACCCAGUGGCCAAACGUUCGACUCCUCGGACGCCCGUUAUCGGAUUAUGGAGGCGGCCCAAAAACGUGACAAGGAGAUGCAGAUACAGAAGCGCGUGCAAGAGAUUAGUGGGAAGACCGGUGUCAACCUCCACAAUCAAAGGCCCCCUCAAGAGCUGCCCACCUGGGAAUUGGUCAUGCUCAUUGGAGCGGUAUUCGCUCUCAUCAUUGCAGUUGGCGUGGGUGGCUUCUUCCUCCUUGUCAAGUUUAUAGGACAGGAAUGA